AUGGCGUCGCAGGGCGAUUUCUCUAAGGCCAUGGCUAACCGGUCGCUGCGCACCAUCCGAACUGCGAUGCAGGAGCUUGAAUUUCUCACAGAUGCCGCUAUCAUUACACCGCAACAACUUUCAUCCAUUCUGUCUCAGCUGCCAGAUCAGACACAACUACAUGCCCCCGUUACCAGAGCUGUGGCAGAGGCACCGGUAGCCGUCCCGGUAGCCGCUCCAGUACAGUCACCAAUACAAUCACCCGCGCCUACACCGGCGUUUAACCCUCCUACAACUCAGUUCCAAAAUACCAGCCUUAAUGAGAAAGCAACGCCACAACCACAGUUCCCUAGCCCGGCCCCACCGCCUGCUUAUGCACCGAUCUUAUCAGUUGCGUCGGCUAUGUAUGCUUACACACCGACUGAUGCCGGUGAUCUUGCCCUUCAGCCGAAUGAUCGCAUUCAAGUGGUAGAGCAUAUGAAUAACGACUGGUGGCGUGGUCGUAACGAGCGAACGAACAUGGAAGGCAUCUUCCCACGGAGUUAUGUCAGAAUUCUGGACGAAAAACCUCCCGGGCCUGCAGUUUUGUCUCCACAGCCUACUAGUUAUGGCAAUAUGCCUCUAGAGGUUAGCCAAGGCGAGUCGCCCGCUGGCGAUCCCGGUAACCGCCGGCCUAGCAAGUUUGAGGAACAGGGCAAGAAGUUUGGAAAGAAGAUGGGUAAUGCCGCAAUCUUCGGCGCCGGAGCUACAAUCGGUUCCAACAUCGUGAACGGCAUUUUUUAA